AUGUCUAAAUUUGACCCUCCUGAGAAAAAGGCUAGACAUGCCGCUGUCUCAAGGCACUUUCACAUAUUCUGUUCGGCAAUCGGCUCCUUUCUUUUCCUUGUCCUGCUCCUCUUCGGAGCUAUAAUUUACCACAUCCGGGAUCUUGUUUCUGGAAGGGAGAAGCAAAAUGCUCCCAAAAAGGAUAACUCUGUUUCCAAUUACACAGUAAGAGAACCGUUUCCUGAUAUGAAGAACUUGAAGGUCACGAAAGACUUGAGGUAUUAUGCCCUUCAACUAGGUCUAGAUUUGGAAGAGUAUCAAAUUAUCACCAAAGAUGGGUACGGUCUUUCAUUGCAUCGGCUCAUCGAUCCGAAGGAUACUGAAGAGAAGAGAAACAAUAGAAAACCGUGCUUAUUGCAACAUGGUCUUCUCCUGUGUUCCGGGGCAUGGUUGACUCCAGGGCAAAACUCCCUUCCGUUUUACUUCCUUGAGCAAGGUUACGACGUGUGGAUGGGAAAUAAUCGGUGUGGAUUUGAGCCUAAACAUGAACACUAUAGUGGAAAUCUCAUGCACAAUGAAGAAUUUUGGGACUGGGAUAUUCGGUCUCUUGCCUCGUUCGACUUACCUUGUAUUAUGGAUAAUGUUCUUCUGCAUAAACCGAAUCACGAUAAGCUCGUCUUAGUUGGACAUCUGCAAGGCUGUACCCAAUCCUUCCUUAUGCUUAGGAACAGCAAGUUUACUGAAUACCAUAAGAAGAUAGAAAAAUUCUUUGCAUUGGCACCAGCUAUUUUUCCCGGAUCUAUGUUCCAUGACAGAACUUUCAUUAAGUUUAUUCACAAUAGAAGCCCCAGAGCUUAUGACGCAAUUUUCGGUAUUUGCUGUUUCAUGAAGAUCUUGGGAACCACUAGAAAAUUAAUCGGCACUACUAGGCUCUUUGCGACGCUUUCAUACCAAAUGUUCAAAUACCUUUUUGGGUGGGGAAUCAAUAACUGCCAUCCUGAUAAAAAACUACUUCGCAUUCAGUUUCUUUUCAAUGUGAGUUAUGUGUCGCUGAGGCUCAUGUCUUGGUGGCUUUCAUACCUGGUUGAAGAGGGUUUCUCCAAUCAACUUCAGCCGAAAGAAGCUUUUCAAACAGGAUUGAACUAUGCAUUCACACCUGUGAAUAGCAAUGAGAAUGUUUUGGUAGUGGAUGCUGAUGAAGCAGAUAUACCACAUUCUGAAGCUAGUGCCACUGAACAAGAAAAAAGUUCUGAACCUCAGGGAAAUUCCGCUGAUCUUGAAAAGAGCUCUCCAGAUAAAAAGGUGAUUCCUAAACCUUUGACAAAGACGGUCCCAUUAACUGAUGACUCUAAAACUUUUUUCCCAUACAAAGAAACUUGGUUUGAUUUUAACGAUCCAGAGGAACUUGUUCCAAUGGUUUUGUUCAUCGCAGGCCUGGACUUUUUGGUGGAUGGAGAAAGAUUAGCUACGCAUAUGUGCCAUUAUGAGAGACAUUUUUACAAAGAAGGUGAGAAUUUGAAGGUUGUUCGUAUACCUGAGUUCAAUCACCUUGAUGUUAUCUGGUCACUGAAUGUCAUUGGCCAAAUUGGUAUGGUCAUUGAAGAAGAGUUGAAGUCCUCUGUAUAA